CGCGAGGCCGAGCCGACGGGCGGAAGCGGCGUGGGUGCCAGGCGCCGCCAUGCCCGGGGACCACCGUCGCAUCCGCGGGCCCGAAGAGUCGCAGCCGCCGCAGCUCUACGCAGCCGACGAGGACGAGGCGCCCGCCGCCCGCGACCCGACGCGGCUGCGGCCCGUGUACGCGCGCGCCGGGCUGCUGAGCCAGGCCAAGGGCUCGGCCUACUUGGAGGCGGGGGCCACCAAGGUGCUGUGCGCCGUGUCUGGUCCGCGCCAGCUCGAGGUGUCGGCGCUGCUGCUGGAGGACGGCGGCUCGGCCCUGGCCGCCGCGCUCACGGCCGCCGCGCUCGCCCUGGCCGACGCGGGCGUGGAGAUGUACGAUCUGGUGGUGGGCUGCGGCCUGAGCCGCGCGCCGGGGCCCGCGCCCACCUGGCUGCUGGACCCCACGCGGCUCGAGGAGGAGCGCGCCGCCGCCGGCCUCACGGUGGCGCUCAUGCCCGUGCUCAACCAGGUGGCCGGGCUCCUGGGCAGCGGGGAGGGCGGCCCGACCGAGAGCUGGGCCGAGGCCGUGCGCCUGGGCCUCGAGGGCUGCCAGCGCCUCUACCCCGUCUUGCAGCAGUGCUUGGUGCGGGCCGCCCGCCGGAGGGACGCUUCCACGGCACCGUCGUGAACCAGAAGCCUAAGCAACGACGGACGCCGUGGACUGAGCUGCCGCCGUCCCCGAAAGGACCUGCGCCGUCGGCUUCCAGACUGCGCCGAGCUGAGAACUCGGAGCACGGGAGAGGAUCUGGGGAGGUGCGCACAAAACUGAUGCUCUGGACAGCUGUGUUGGAACGAUUUUUUACAAGCUGUUCCGUUAAAGACACUUUCUACUUGAGCUGGCUCCCAUCUACGACCCAGU